GUUUGCGGCAAGAAAUUGGUGAAUUGGAUGCGUCAAAAUUGAUUGCAUCCGUGUGGUGAAAAGGAAGGGGUUGUUGUCAUCGCGUCCAUUUCCUACCUCUGUUCUUGUUCUUCUGAUUCAGUUGCCUAUGGCGGACGCUACAUAAGCAACCAAUUACGCUCUUCUCCACUGAACCCACUUCCUCUCUUUCUACCUCUCUGCGUGGAUUCUGCUAAUUCCCAUGCCAAAAUAUUCGCGGAUCCAUCGCUAGGUCUUCAUGGAUGCUCGCCGAGGCUCCCGCAUCGUCAACCCCAAAGUUCGUCAGGUCGGAUUCUUCACCCUCGACGCUCCUAAUUCCCCUGACCGUUCCCUCUCCGGUCCGGCCAACUGUGUCCCUUCUCAACAAUCCCUCUCUCCUCCUACCAAUUCCUUGUCUCCGGUUAUGAUCCCCCCUCCCCGUCAUCUCUCCGACAACCUUGCCUCUCGCUCUGCUGUUCUUCCUGUUCCGGCUCCUGCUAAUUGGAGGAAUUCCGCUGAUCAGAUUCCUGUUGGCAGCUAUAACCCUUCCGAGACGCUGCUUGCGACGUCCCCUAUGGCGUCGCCUUCCAGUAGAAUUGAGGACGAAGAGCUGGAGAUGUCGGAGGAUUCUUCCACCUCCGUUUGGUAUCGCCGGAGUGGUUCCGGGAAGAUUGCCUCGAGCUUUCCUGGCGUUGGAAUCCACAUGGCGGCCAAGUCGUCCGAGAACUCGCAGGCGCUGCCUCUUAAGACGUUGGAACCUAAUAAGCCUGCUGGAGUUGCAGAAAAGAACGGGGGGGCAUCCACAGAGGUACAGAAUCGACAACCACCAUCAAAUUCGAAACCCCUGAAGGCAAAAACAACAAAGGCUGAAAGACGAGCUCUACAGGAGGCACAACGAGCUGCAAAAGGUGAGGCGAAUAAUUCAGGUAAUGCUCCUGGUAAAGUUGUGAAGCAGUCAUUGGCUAUGAAAGAUAACAAUGCCAUGCCUUCGGUUGCACCUACUGACAAAAGAGGAGGUGAUCGCACACUUGAUAAAGAAAGGAAGAAAGAUGCUCCCCCUCCACGAAUGCAGUUUGAUGAUAAAAAUAGGGUAGAAAAGGCUAAAAAGCGAGCCGUUUUCAACCAAACUGAAGCAAGAAAUAGGGUCGAAUUAUUUCGCCAUUUGCCACAAUACGAGCAGGGAACUCAGCUUCCUGAUCUCGUGUCGAAGUUUUUCCAACUUGACCCUAUUCAUCCUGCCAUUUACAAGGUUGGUUUACAAUAUAUGGCCGGAGAUAUAUGUGGAGGCAAUGCUCGUUGUAUUGUUAUGCUUCAUGCAUUUCAACAGGCUAUCAAAGACUACUCAACUCCGCCACAGAAGGUUCUGGGUAGAGAUUUAACUGCAAAAAUUGGUGGCUAUGUGUCAUUCUUCAACGAGUGUAGGCCACUAUCUGUUAGCAUGGGAAAUGCUAUUAGGUUUUUGAAAAACCGCAUUGCCAAAUUACCAUUGAAUCUUCCGGAAUCUGAAGUAAAAGCUACGCUUUGCUCAGAUAUCAAUCGCUUUAUCAAUGAAAAGAUUAUAAUAGCGGAUGAGGUCAUAGUUAGACAUGCUGCUACUAAAAUAAGGGAUGGAGAUGUUCUUCUUACAUAUGGAUCAUCAUCUGUUGUAGAGAUGCUUCUAUUACAUGCCCAUGAACUCGGAAAAGAAUUCCGUGUUGUGGUGGUGGAUUCCCGUCCAAAACAAGAAGGGCGAGCAUUGCUUCGUAGGCUCAUAGAGAGGGGCCUAAAUUGUACAUACACUCAUAUCAAUGCUAUUUCUUAUGUGAUGCAUGAAGUGACGCGAGUUUUUCUCGGGGCUGCUGCAGUAUUAUCUAAUGGAACUGUAUAUUCAAGAGUGGGAACUGCAGCUGUUGCCAUGGUUGCUAAUGCAUUCCGUGUUCCAGUCUUAAUCUGCUGCGAAGCUUAUAAAUUUCAUGAAAGGGUACAGCUUGACUCAAUAUGUUUCAAUGAAUUAGGUGAUCCAGAUGCUAUCUCAAAGGUUCACGAAAGGAAGGAUAUAAAUUAUCUAGAUAAUAUGACUGCUAAAGAACAAUUGCAACUUCUAAAUUUAAUGUAUGACGCUACUCCUUCGGAUUACAUCUCAAUGAUUGUCACAGAUUAUGGCGUGAUCCCACCUACAAGCGUGCCGGUGAUCGUGCGAGAGUAUCGGAGAGAGCACCUAUGGAUAUAAGGAGGUUGAAAAUGACCCUUCGUUUUGGAAGGAUACUUACAUGUGCUAGGUGAAUGAUAGAUGUUUGUUGCAUGUGACCGUGCAAGAAAAAUAGCCGAAGCAUGCUGCAAGGAGUUUUUUUUUUGAAUCACAAUCUGGACUUAGAUACAAACUUUUGGGUUUUAUUAUGCCUUACUGAUUCAAAUUUUGAUUUUGUUGCCUCUCCUCACAGUUUUCCAGGUGUUCUUCUGGGAAAAAUAUACUAAGGCAGAGUAAGGUUUGAAAAGGUCGAUGUUUAUUGGUCGGUCCGAACACAAUAAAUAAAUCAUGAACUUUGUUGAAUUUAUUUGAAUCAAUGAAUGAGAUUUGAAUUGUUCCUUUA